AUGCAACAACAACAACAACAACAUCAACAACAACAACAACGACAACAACAACAACAACAACAACAACAACAACAACAACAACAACAAAGCAUCAACAACCAUUCAACAGGUUUAUCAAGUGGUAAAUUCGAUGUGUGUAUUAAUCAUCCAUAUCUCUUUAAAGAAGAAUGGGAUAUCAAUGAAGAUUUAAUUAGAAGUAGUGGUAAAUUUGAUACUAUGGAUCUAAUUCUUACAAAGAUGCAAGCCUCCAAACAUCGUGUACUCAUUUUCACUCAAAUGAUAGAGGAACGUGCUAAUCUCAUUGUCGAAUGGAAUCGUCCAGAUUCACCUCAUUGGAUUUUUGUUUUAUCAACUCAAUAA